AUGGAUGAAGCUGUUAAGGACAACACGGAGGAGUGUGUAAGCGGUAUCAAUGAGAGAAACGAUGAACACGAUGAGACUAUUGGUUUGGAGGAAUCGUCUGACGACAGUGGCGCUUCCAUUGUGGAUUCCACAGAAGAGGAGAUGUUCCUCGAUGGUCUGGAUCCCCUCCUGGAUCGGCUUUCAGAUGUCUCUGAUGAUGACUGGUAUCCAGAGACCACUCCACGAAAAAAGAAAAAAUCUGGACUGUCUUCUGUAUCGCCAUCUCCAGCGAAGUCUUACAGGACUAGUUCACCUGCCUCUGUACAAAGUGGCAAAGGGAAAAGUAGGAAAAGCAGUGUGAGUCGAUCCCUACCUUUUUCCAUCUCAGAACAGAAAUGGAAAAGUGCAGAUGAGCCCGACAUUGAGCCGAAACAGCCAUUGUUCAGACCUAAAAACACACCGGGCCCCCAGUUGAUCUCCACUGCAACAUGCAGUCCUCUGCAGUAUUUUGAGCUGUUCUUUUCCAAAUCAGUGCUGCAGACGGUUGUAGAACAUACAAAUACAUAUGGAGCCAUGCGUUUUGAAGGAAAGAAGAAGCCAUGGGAAGACAUUUCAAUAAAAGAUCUUAAGUCAUUCAUAGCACUGGUGAUUUACAUGGGCGUGCUGAAAUGCUUCACGCUGACAGACUACUGGAAGAAAUCAGACUUGUAUAGUCUGCCGUAUCCUGCACGAAUUAUGACCGGGAGGAAAUUUCUUAACAUCUGUGCGGCUCUCCAUAUUAGUGAUCCCAAUGUGGAUGCAGAGAAUGACAAGAAGAGGGGAACGCCUGAAUACGACCGCCUGUGUAAGAUCAAACCGCUGUACCAAGACAUUAGGGAUGCAUGCAGAGCUUCUUUCCACCCCUUUCAGAACAUCUCUGUUGAUGAGCGAAUGGUGGCAUCAAAGGCUCGAAAUCGUCUGAAACAGUACAUGAAGAACAAACCUACAAAAUGGGGGUACAAACUCUUUGUACUGGCAGAUUCCCUUUGUGGCUACACUUGGGACUUCUUUAUUUAUGAAGGAAAGGCCAACCCGGAUGAAAGCAAAGGUAUUAGCUAUGAUUCUGUCAUGAUUCUCGCAAACGAAAGGUUGUUGGGAUCUGGCUACAAGCUGUUUGUUGACAACUUUUACACCAGUCCCAAGCUCUUCAGAGACCUUCUCCAGAAAAAGAUCUGGGCUUGUGGCACUAUUCGUGCAAACCGCAUUGGCCACUUAAAGACACAGGCUCCUCGUGGGAAUAUUCGCUGGUUUAGGGAAGACGAUCUGCUGUUUGUUGAGUGGAAAGACAAGAGGGAUGUGCUGAUGUGCUCCACCUUUCACAAAGCUUUUAAUGGGGACUCCAUAAAGAGGAAUGUGAGAGGAGCCGAUGGCGUUUGGGCCAUUCAGGAUUUCCCUGUUCCAGCUGCAGUGUUGGACUACAAUAAGCACAUGGGAGGAGUGGAUCUGUCUGACGCGCUUAUAGGAUAUUACACAGUUCUGCACAAAACAAAAAAGUGGUAUCGGUCCUUUUUUUACCACUUUGUGGACAUCGCUGUAGUCAAUGCCUUCAUUUUGCACCAGCAAAUGGCCAAGAUGAAGAACCAGAAGCCUCUUACCCAGAAGGCCUUCCGGGAGACACUUGUUUCAGAGCUUGCAGGAACAGGACCUGCAUCUGCCCCUGCGAAAGAACACCUAGUUCCUUCUAAAGGUUCCCACCUGCCCAAGCACAUCAAAGGAGACAGCACUUCUGGAAGACGGAAAUGCAAGAUAUGUCAUAGUAAAACUCCAGUCAUGUGUGUAACUUGCCAGGUGCAUUUAUGCUUUGUUCCAAAGCGUGACUGUUACAGUAAGUGGCAUGGAAGAGUUGAUGAGGAUCAGUCGGAGUAAUGCCCAAAGUAUACAUCUAGAGAAGUGGUUAAUUAAGAAGACAUGUAAAACAUGUACUGUGGUGUUGGGGGGCCACCAGGAACGUGGUUGUUAACCACUGGUCUAGAGCAUAGGUCUCCCUCUGCUUCUGGGGAUCCACAGUUUUGCUCCAACCCUAAUCAGACACACCUGAACCAGCUAAUCAAGGUCUUUAGGAUCACUUGAAAAGUCACAGGCCAGGUGUGCUGAAGUUUGGAAGUUUGGAAAGAAACUUUGCAAGACAGUGGGUCGUUAGGAGCAGAGUUGAAGAUGGUCUAGAGCAGUGGUUCUCAACUCCAGUCCUCGAGACCCACUAGGAUCUUUCUUCUAACGAGCUGAUGAUCUAAAUCUGGUGCAUUAAAUGAGGGAGACAUACAAAAUGGGCAGAGUGGUGGGCCUGGAGGGACUGGAGUUGAGAACCUCCAAACUUGUUCCUGGAUCACGGUUUCCUGCGGAGUUCCAACUUGCCUCAACACACCUGCGGGGAAGUUUCUAGUAUGCCUUGAAAUAGCUUGAUUGGCUGGUUCGGAUGUGUUUAAUUAGAUUUGGACCUAAACUCCGCAGAACACUGGCCCUCCAGGACUGAGUUUGGGCACCCUGGUCUAGAGCAGUGGUUCUCAACUCCAGUCCUAGGGGCCCACUGCUCUGCACAUUUUGUAUGUUUCUGAAUCUAAAACACUCAGUUCAGUUCAUGGAUCUUUCUCCUAACAAGCUGAUGAUCUGAAUCAGGUGCAUCAAAUGAGGGAGGCAUAGAAAAUGUGCAGAGCAGUGGGCCCAGAGGACUGGAUUUGAGAACCACUGGUCUAGAGCAUAGGUCUUCAACCCUGUUCCUGCGGACCCACUAUCCUGCAGAGUUUAGCUACAACUCAAAUCAAACACACCUGUAUCAGCUAAUUAAAGGGUUACUCCGCCCCAAAAUGAAAAUUUUGUCAUUAACCCCAUGUCGUUCC